AUGGGGGCGGAAUUAUUUGAUGUUUUUUGCAGUAUCCCUUUUGUUUUUAACGAAGACGUUUUUGAGUUUUGGAUCGAUGGUCUAGCAGUCGAGGAGACCACUCGAAAGCUGCAAUCGCAGUCGGAUGUGGAAGCGUUCGGCCUCUCUUCCGACCUCUUGGUAACCUUUGUCGCUGAUCAGUAUGCCCAAUUUUCUCUCCUUGAGUCCUUGCUGACUCGGCCUGACGUAUUCCUCACAAGUUCCUUUACUUGCUUUGGUGACUGGAAGCUGCGUCGAAAACUUAUUGAACGCUACUACUCUUUGGAAGAUGCGCUGUGUCGUGAACUUCUCGGCAGCAAGCUAUCUGCACGCUUUCGUCGUGAUCUUGCCGACAUUGCGGAGCGGUGUGGCCUUCGGUUGCGCAGUUGUCGUCGUCAAUACGAGAACCUUCGUCGUGUCGCAAGACUGGUGGAGGAUACGCCCGGUCAUUUGUGCGACAUUAUUCGCCGCUCUUUCGCUCUACCUCCUGCGCUUGCUGAGCUCUAUGCUGCGAUGAUCUUCCUCUCGGUUAAUCGUUUUGAAACUUCGAAGCGCUGCUUUUCUGGUGCCACCUUUGCCGACUUCACGUACUGCGCGGAGCAACUGAUGACCUACUGGACGGUCACAGACAAUCUGGAGAACAAGUUGGACUCCCCAGUGGACUUAGAACUCGAUUUUGGCUUCUGCACCGAACUCAAGGUCCUCAAACUACUGACAGAGAAGCAAACCUAUUUUGAGCGGCAUAAGAGCCUUGUAAUUCGUCAAGUAUCUUCCACAGUCUCGGACUCCUGUCUGAAUUGGAUUGAGUUCAACUUUAAGACUCUCUCCAAAGCCAUCACAACUAUUGCAACGGGAUUGUCGCACGCGAAGGAGGUGCGCGACCUCUUCCUGGACAUCAUGGAAAAGGUGAUCGAGAUUGUGGUGAGUGCCCAAUGGACCUACCAGGAGUUCUCCAGUUUUCUCACUGCCUUCGAUGAAACUCUACGAAUUCUACCUCCGGCAAAGUCGUCAUCGUUUCAGCGAAGUUGGGUGCGUUUCUUUGCUCCCUUCAAGUCGAUAUGCCUGCGCCUCUACCCCCUGCCAGUAAAUAGCAGCAUCACCGUCACCACCGCCACCAACUCCUAG